AGCGUCAGUCAGAUUGCAUUAGAAAAACCAGAAUAGCGUGAAACACUCGGCGCCCAUCGAACGUCGGAGGCCAUAAGGAAAAUGAGCCUUGCAAGUGUCUUACUGCUUGCAGCAUUUGCCAUUCCAAGUUAUACUCUGCAAGGGAUCAAAGAACCAUCGGAUUUGCAAGUCGCUCACCUCUCACCAGUAUCGGUCGUGCUUGGCUGGGGCUGGUCGAGUCCGGGAGUGGAACUUCGAGACGUCAGGUUCGAGAUCAAGUUAUGUCCGGAGAAUGGAACUGAGAUUUCAAGCUCCGCGGAAGGAGCUCUCGAGCUCGAAUUGGGGAAUCUACAGAACGGCACGGAAUACAACGUGGAGAUUACCGCCUCAUCCAUGAAAGAUCCCGGGAAUGAGAGCUCACCACUGAGCAGCACAUUCAGAACGCUGAGCUCAGAUUGGCCACCACCGAUCCAGGUCAGGCACUCAGCCACGGAACGCCUAGACGUAGCGUCUAGGGUCAUCUACACAAUCUCCUGGGAUAUCGAUCCUUCGAACGAUCUCAGCCAGAACGUGACGAGGUUUGAUGUAUCCUACUGUGCAAGAGAAUGCGCGUAUAUUCAAGGUGACAAAAGUCUCGAGCGGAACCUUACCCUGGCCUACUUCACCCAUUAUUCCAUGACGGUAUUGGCUGUAUACGAUCUUGAGCUGGGGAGGAACCGGACAAUAGAAGCACAAACUCAAAGCUUCGAGACGGUAACCGGCAAGCCCGGACCCGCUACGAACCUCUCCGUCUCACAAGCUCCGGAUACUUUGGAUCUGGCAGUGGCAUGGGACCCUCCGGAAGAAGCGAAUGGAAUCAUCCAGUCCUUCAAUCUUCAGAUUGUUUCGGACUCGAACGCUACCCAAACUGUGAAUGUCCCGGCCGCCCGUGUUAAUGAAUAUGGCUUCAAGAUCCCCCAUAUUGCCCCCAUAUCCGACGUAUACACGUUCAAGGUUCAAGUAGUCAAUAAGGGUGAUGACGACUACCGGAAGGGAGAUUUCAUACACACUCAGUGGCAUGUCCAGCGACCCGAGCCGCCGCGGUCCUUGAAGCUCGGUCAGCGCACCGCGACCUCCCUACAUUUCGAGAUCGAGAGGGAUUUCGAUCAGGAAUAUCUGUCCUUCAGGAUACACGACUCCUUUGGACAUGAGGUUAUCUCGAACAGGAAAGCUGUCACCAUCCACGGCUUCACUGCUUUCACGAACGUCACUUUCCAGGUAGCAACGUGUGUUCGUCUCGUUGGGGAUCAUUUAUUCUGCGGACGAGAUGAGAUCGCGGGAUUCCUGACGAAUGUCGCCUCGCCUUCGAAGGUGCGCGACCUGGGCGUAAGCUACGUCGACGGCAAACCGUGGUUCACUUGGGAGACACCAGAAGUACCUUCCGGCCCGAUCGACGGUUUCUCUGUUCAGAUUUCGGAUAAAGGGAACGGAAAGGACAUUGCGUUCGAUAUCCCGCCAGCUCUGAACUAUUCGCUCGCCGGAGCCCUUGACUGCUCGAACUACGAGAUUCUCAUCACGGGAUUCAACAAGGAUCUCGACACGGAACAAAAACUCAACGGUCUGAUCAGCUCCGUGAUGUUCUCGCCUCCGAAUUGCGUCGACGAAACUACAUUCCCAACCUGGGCCAUAAUUUUGACGGCGAUCCUCGCUUUGGCAGGAAUGGGCGGGACCGGAUGGUACCUGCUGCGUCUGCGACGUCGAAAAGUUUCCGGAAACACCCACGGACAGAUUCAGUGACAACACUCACAUGAUGGUUCCAGAUGUGACUUUAUUAUCGUCCUAACAAUAAAAACUCGCUCAGAGAUCGGCCAACUCCCAGAGGAGGCAGGAUCGGUCCGUCCACCUAGGACCGCCCUUCGAAUCUCCAUCGAAGGAGGCUGUCCAGACUUUGAAGUUGAUGAACGUU